UAUUUUACAUCGCAAUUUUAGCUAUAUUUCGGAUGCUUUCCAACCAGAAACAGCUAUUUGUUCCUGUUAGAAGUUGGUAACACUGGUUGCUGCACACAAAAAACGAAAAAGUUAACAAAUAAACUAAAAUUUCUAAAUUUCUUGUUGUGUGUUUGUCAAAGGAGCAAAACCACCAUGUGUGCUAUGUGAUUGGUAACAGUGCGUGGGUGCCUGAACAAUGCAAUGUAAAGGUCAAAGAAGAAACGUUACAAACGAAAAAAAGAAGCAACAAUAACGGGGCGGCGGCAACAACAAUAAACACAACAAUAACAACAACGACGUUGUCUUUGCUGCUGCUGCUGUUUUGCGGCUUUGUCUUGUGACGAAAGCAAAAUUAAAAACAUUUCUUCAUAACAAAAAACACAAAAAAAAAAAAGAGUCAGCGGGAUGUGCCGCCUUGAUGUGCGACGCUUCUGCGAAGAUUGGCGAAUUUGGAUACGACCCCUGUUGAUAAUAACCUACGUUAUCUUUGCCAUUAUUGUUGUGCCCCUGCUCAUAUUUUACUCUGUGAAGGAUGGCUUCCAGCGCAGAGAUCAACUUAUACUCAUUGGCGGACUGUUUGUACUGUCUGCCGUGCCCAUUUCCAUUUGGCACAUCAUACAACACGUCAUACAUUUCACAAAGCCAAUAUUGCAAAAGCACAUCAUACGCAUAUUGUGGAUGGUGCCCAUCUAUGCAUUGAAUGCGUGGAUUGGCCUGUUCUUUCCAAAACAUUCAAUCUACGUGGACUCCUUUCGUGAAUGCUAUGAAGCGUAUGUAAUCUACAAUUUCAUGGUUUAUUUGCUGCACUAUUUGAAUCUCAACAUGGAUCUGGAGGCGACAAUGCAAUACAAGCCGCAGGUGUAUCAUUUCUUUCCACUCUGCUGCAUUCGUCCCUGGCUCAUGGGUCGAGAGUUCAUCCACAAUUGCAAGCAUGGCAUAUUACAGUAUACGGUGGUGCGACCCAUUACCACAUUUAUCUCAGUCAUUUGCGAACUGUGCGGCGUUUAUGGCGAGGGUGAAUUUGCUGGCAAUGUCGCGUUUCCCUACAUUGUGUCCAUCAAUAACAUCUCACAGUUUGUGGCCAUGUAUUGUCUGGUGCUCUUUUAUCGGGCCAACAAGGAGGACCUAAAGCCAAUGAAGCCCAUACCAAAGUUUCUUUGCAUUAAGGCUGUGGUUUUCUUCUCAUUUUUCCAAGGUGUUUUGCUAAAUGCACUUGUGUAUUAUGGCGUAAUUAAAGACAUCUUCGGCUCAGAUGUGGGAGAUGCCAAUCUGGCAUCCAUGCUGCAAAACUUUCUCAUUUGCAUUGAGAUGUUUGUUGCUGCCGUGGCGCACAUUUACAGCUUCCCGCAUCAUCCAUUCCAUAUUAAUUCGCCGCAGUAUUGGAAUAAUCCUAAUCAUAGCUGGUGUCGAGCAUUUCUCUCGAUGAUGGACAUCUCUGACAUGCAAGAGGAUGUCACAGAGCACUUGGGUGUGGUUAGCAGUUCAAUAAGUCGCCGUUUUCAGGGUCGCAGCACAUAUCAGCCGUUGGCACGUGGUCCGCGACGUUCAAGCAGCGAAUCCGAAUACUUAAUUGGCAAACGGCAGGAUGAGCCGUCGCCAGGGGGCAGCUCGACCCAAGCAGCAGGCGCCGCUUCGACUGGUGAUAAUAGCAAUAGCAACAAUUACCAACAACAACAACUGCACUUACCGGGCUCCAAUUUGAAACAACAAUCGACGCGUCAACGCGAUACGCAUCAACAUCUUCGCGAACGAGAUCAACAGCACUUUGUGGUCGGCAUUGGUCCGCCCCAGGCAGGCGUCAGCAAUUUUCUGCAGGCGCGUACAGGUGCCUCCGCGGCAGCUCCGAUUCCCGAGUCCAACGAUGAUUAUGCACUGUUGCUGGGCGCGGGCAGAUGACAACGUUAUCAGCAACAGCAUCAGCCGAUUGAUGCGCUCGAAGAUGGGGACGAUGUUGAAGUUAGUCAAAAUUUGAAUGCCUCAUCGCUGAGUGCAUCACUGUCCGUUUCAUUUGGCAUGUCAAGCAGUUUGAAGUUUAGCGCCACGUGCAGCAAUCAAACUGCAUCCGAGUGGUCCAAUUCAACGGGCGGGGAUGAUGACAAUGAGGACGCUGACGAUGAUAACGACGAGGACGAUGAGGAUGACGUUGACAACGACAACGACGACGACGACAUAGAAAAUGCAGAUAAUGUAGAACAGAUGCCAGUUGUGGUUGUUGCAUCCACAACGAGGCGUCGUCGCGACAGAGAGUACAUCACUUAGACCCAAGCAAUGUUGCUGCAACGAUAUUUAUGAUUUCUAUUCCACACUUUAUACUUAUCAAUCAAUAUCAAUUGAACUAGCAAUGCAUCAAUUCCUUUUUGUUAAUAAGCUACAUAAUUAGUUUCAAAUACUCACAUCUAUAUACAUACAUAUUUACUAUCGACUGUUCGUUUUUCGGCAACCCAAUCAAAUUGGGAGUUUUUAAAUUGCGUGGCCUUAGUUUUUGGUUGCGAAAGCUCCAACUGAUUUUUAUAUAUAUAUAUAUACAUACACAUAUAACAUGUAUCCUAGCUGCAUAUACACAUAUUGAUAUUUUACACGAAAUGCAUAUAAAUCCAAAGAAUCUUCAUUAUAUGUAUGUAUGCUAAACGAGGGGGCAACAAAAGGGUUUUAUAUUUAUAGAUUAGGCUCUAAUGUUUUACACAAAUUCAACUUCAAAAAUUCAAUUAGACAAUUAGAAGUUCAACAACAAUUAUACAUACAUACUUUAUAUCCAAUAUGCAGCAUGCAGUUAGAUAUAUGCUAGUAAAUUUUGAUAUAUGGCCGUCAGUAGUUGGUACUUUCAUUAGGCUAGUUAAAAUCCGUGCUCGGUACUCGUAGAACAAUUUGAUUCAUACCCUUAAAGCAAACAAUUGUGAAUUAUGUGACUGCCGGUCAGAAAAAGGCGUAACUUAUAUUGAAAACAUAUAUUUAUAUAUUGUAAAACAAAUGUAAUUUUCAAUAAUAUAUUUAUCCAAAAAUUCUUAAAUUA